CCUGGAUCUACUUCCGGCGCGGGAGGUAGAGCCACGUCAUCUUCAGGCUCCGAGUGCCAGCCGGGCAGUGAAUGGUGGGAAGCAAGAUGGCGGCCAGCAUUCGGGAAAGGCAAACAGUGGCUCUGAAGCGGAUGUUGAAUUUCAAUGUGCCUCAUGUUAAAAACAGUCCUGGAGAACCCGUAUGGAAGGUACUCAUCUAUGACAGAUUUGGCCAAGAUAUCAUCUCUCCUCUGCUGUCUGUGAAGGAGCUGAGAGACAUGGGCAUCACCCUGCAUCUCCUUUUGCACUCAGACCGAGAUCCAAUUCGAGAUGUUCCUGCGGUGUACUUUGUGAUGCCAACCGAAGAAAAUAUUGACAGACUGUGCCAGGAUCUUCGAAAUCAGCUCUAUGAAUCCUAUUAUUUAAAUUUUAUUUCUGCGAUUUCAAGAAGUAAACUGGAAGACAUUGCAAAUGCAGCAUUGGCCGCUAAUGCAGUCACACAGGUUGCCAAGGUUUUUGACCAGUAUCUCAAUUUUAUUACUUUGGAAGAGGACAUGUUUGUAUUAUGUAAUCAAAAUAAGGAACUUGUUUCAUAUCGGGCCAUUAAUAGGCCAGAUAUCACAGACACAGAGAUGGAGACUGUUAUGGACACUAUUGUUGACAGCCUCUUCUGCUUUUUUGUUACAUUAGGUGCUGUUCCCAUCAUCCGAUGCUCAAGAGGAACGGCAGCAGAAAUGGUGGCAGUGAAACUAGAUAAAAAACUGCGGGAGAAUCUAAGAGAUGCAAGAAACAGCCUUUUUACUGGUGAUCCACUUGGGACUGGCCAGUUCAGCUUCCAAAGGCCCUUAUUAGUCCUUGUGGACAGAAACAUUGACUUGGCAACGCCUCUGCACCAUACGUGGACAUACCAAGCGCUGGUACACGAUGUCCUGGAUUUCCACUUAAACAGAGUAAAUUUGGAAGAAUCUACAGGAGUGGAAAAUUCUCCAACUGGUGCUAGACCAAAGAGGAAAAACAAGAAGUCUUACGAUUUAACUCCAGUUGAUAAAUUUUGGCAGAAACAUAAAGGAAGUCCAUUCCCAGAAGUCGCAGAAUCAGUCCAACAAGAACUAGAAUCUUACAGAGCACAAGAAGAUGAGGUCAAACGACUGAAGAGCAUUAUGGGCCUAGAAGGAGAGGACGAAGGAGCCAUCAGCAUGCUUUCUGAUAACACUGCUAAGCUCACAUCAGCUGUCAGUUCUUUGCCAGAACUCCUUGAAAAAAAAAGACUUAUCGAUCUCCAUACAAAUGUCGCCACUGCUGUUUUAGAACACAUAAAGGCAAGAAAACUGGAUGUAUAUUUUGAAUAUGAAGAAAAAAUAAUGAGCAAGACUACUCUGGAUAAGUCCCUUCUCGACGUCAUAUCUGACCCUGACGCAGGGACUCCGGAAGACAAAAUGAGGCUGUUUCUUAUCUACUACAUAAGCGCUCAGCAGGCACCAUCUGAGGUUGAUUUGGAGCAGUAUAAAAAGGCUUUAACAGAUGCAGGAUGCAACCUUAGCCCUUUACAGUAUAUCAAACAGUGGAAGGCUUUUGCCAAGAUGGCCUCAACUCCUGCCAGCUACGGAAACACUACCACUAAACCAAUGGGUCUCUUGUCCCGAGUCAUGAAUACAGGAUCCCAGUUUGUGAUGGAAGGCGUCAAGAACCUGGUAUUGAAGCAGCAGAAUCUACCUGUUACUCGGAUUUUAGACAAUCUCAUGGAGAUGAAGUCAAACCCCGAGACUGAUGAUUACAGAUAUUUUGAUCCCAAAAUGCUGCGGAGCAAUGACAGCUCCUUCCUCUACAAAACUGAAGACCCCCCUGCUUCCCAAGAAGGUGGACCUGGAAUCCCUUCUUAAUGCUGCUCACAGUGCACAUGACCGUGUGUCCCCAUACCCAUCUUACCCAUAAAAGAAGCCAAGGAUGACAUUUUCAGUGCAGUUUCUCUUUAUUGCAGCUCAGUUCCUAGGAACAAAAGUCCAUUCCAAGAGGUAAGUUUAACAAAACACUUCUCUGCUCCUAAAAAACGAAAGCUAAUGUAACCGCAGUCCUGAGAAAGAGCUAGUUGUCAUAAGCAGAGCUUGUGAUCAGUGAACGUCCAUUCAGGUAAAUUCAACUCUGCAUACCCGAGACACAACCUUAAAGUCCUCAGCAACUGUAUUGCUCUGUUUUUCUUAAGUUGAUGCUAUUUCUGACAAAAUAGCAGAAAAAGGAGUCUUUUGGAUUGCAUUAAGAAUUGUACAUGGAGGGGUUGGGGAUUUAGCUCAGUGGUAGAGCGCUUGCCUAGGAAGCGCAAGGCCCUGGGUUCGGUCCCCAGCUCCGAAAAAAAGAACAAAAAAAAAAAAAAAAAAAGAAUUGUACAUGGAAUUUCUACAAUGAUUCCAGUGUUUAUGCAGAUGUGACUGUUUGCGUAUUUGAAUACAGACACGUCUCAUUGAGAGUGAUGUGUUGAAAGUUGCAUGUUGGGUUUCCAGUGUUUCUGCUUACAGCCAUUAAUAGGAAUCAAAGCCUAACCUUUAGCUCAAGCUCCUGCCCUUAUCCGCUGUGACUGCAUUGCAUACUGCGGUUAGUCUUUGAGGCAACAAGGCCUUAGGUUGGAGGCCUCGUCAUCCCAUCUCAGGUUCAGAACAGCUUCCAGACUAAAAGCCAUGUUGCUUAAAAAUUAAAAUGCUUUAACUGUGUUUUCCCCCUUUCCCCUCCGUUUGUACUUUUAGGCCAUUGUCUUUGUGGUAGGAGGAGGCAACUAUAUUGAGUAUCAGAAUCUUGUUGACUA